AUGAAAUCUGCUUCUGCAAUGGCAAACCACAUUAUUGGAGAAUCCGUGGGAAUUAGAAUUUACGUUCUGGCCGACUCAAAUACCGGUUAUGUUUACUCGGUGUUGCCUUAUUACGGCAGUAUUACUUCAGAAAAUCUCAUAAGACUUGAUCUGCCUGUCAGUUCCAGAAUUCCCUUAGACCUAUACAGAAAACUAUUGGACAAUGUUCCUAAUGCUAAAGGUUAUCACAUGUAUACCGACAGGUAUUAUACAAGCAUACCCCUUGCUGAAGAACUGAUAAAAAUGAAUUGUUUCCUCACCGACACAAUAAAAACAAGUAGGAAAUAUUUACCAAUGUUAAUAAAAAAACCGAAAUUUGUAAGAGCGAGUUUGAUAUCGGUUGAUAGAAGAGUACGUGGUGGUGAAUUAGUCAGAAUACAAAAACCUAAAAUUGUUAUUGAUUACACAAAAAAUAUGCGUGGAGUAGAUCGGGCCGACCAAUAUGCUGCAACAUAUUGUUUUUUGAGAAAAUCUCUGAAAUGGUGGAGAAAACUAUUUUUCUGGGAGAUGGAAAUGUGUACAGUAAAUUCAUACAUAUUGUACACUUCUGUUAAAAAAAUAAAUAAUGAAAAACCAAUGUCACAUUUGAAGUUUGUAAAAUUGUUGGUGGACCAAUUGAUUGGGAAUUUUCGACAAAACAGCACAUCUCGAGAAUACACUUACACACCAAAUACGGAGGGCAGGCUCAAAAACCACCUACACAUUAUACGUUCUGAAACCAAGAAAGAUUGUGUAGUGUGUUCCAAUAGAAAAAUUCCGGGCGAAAGACGGCAAACCCAUUAUUUUUGUGAUACCUGUCUAAAAAAGACAAGAUUACAUAUUGGCAAUUGCUUCGAGAGGUAUCACACUUUGGACGAUCACAAAAUGUAA